CCAGACGUGCGCAAUGAGUUUGCUCCCUAGGAGCAUGCGCAGAGCGGCGAACGAGGCCGGAAGCGGGAGCUUCUGCGGGGAGGUGGGGCUGCCGCGCGGUCUGAGGGGUGGGCGAGCCGCCGACAUGUCGCUCCCGGGCCGUCUCGUAGUUCCCCUGAUAGUCUCAGUGCUGUUGCUCUGUGGGGCUCCGUGGGCCUACGGACGGCGGAGCGACGUGCGCAUCAUCACGGACGAGAACUGGACGGAGUUGCUGGAAGGGGAGUGGAUGGUGGAAUUCUAUGCUCCGUGGUGUCCUGCUUGUCAAAAUCUUCAACCAGAAUGGGAAAGUUUUGCUGAAUGGGGAGAAGAUCUUGAGGUUAAUGUUGGAAAAGUAGAUGUCACAGAGCAGACAGGACUGAGUGGACGAUUUAUCAUAACUGCUCUUCCUAGUAUUUAUCAUUGUAAAGAUGGUGAAUUUAGGCGCUAUCAGGGUCCAAGGACUAAGAAGGACUUCAUAAACUUUAUAAGUGAGAAGGAGUGGAAGAAUAUUGAACCUGUUUCCUCAUGGUUUGGUCCAGGUUCUGUUCUGAUGAGUAGUAUGUCAGCACUUUUCCGGCUAUCCAUGUACAUCAGGACUUGCCACAACUAUUUUAUUGAAGACCUUGGAUUACCAGUUUGGGGCUCAUACACAGUUUUUGCUUUAGUGACUCUCCUUUCAGGACUAUUAUUAGGACUUUGUAUGAUAUUUGUAGCAGAUUGUCUUUGUCCUUCAAAAAGGCAUAAAUCACAGCCAUACUCUUCAAGAAAACCAUUACCAGAAUUUUCUCAACCUUUGAAAAAAGUGGAGGAAGAACAAGAGGCUGAUGAAGAAGAUGUUUCAGAAGAAGAAGUGGAAAAUAAAGAAGGAACAAACAAAGACUUUGCCCAGAAUACAAUAAGACAACGUUCUGUGGGUUCUUCUUUGGCCACAGAUAAAUCCUAGUUCAUCUUUAUAUGUAACACUUGGUAGGAUUUUGACAAAACAAAAAAUUGGUCAUUUGUUUUGAAAACUGCUUGUAUAUUAUGGGGCUCAGUCUAAAUUGAACAGUUUUCAUUCAGAAAAUAAAGUGGAUAUAAAAGUUUGAAUAUGAUUUAAGAAUAUUACCUAACAGUGGAUUAAACAUUUAGUUUUGGAAAAUCUGGUGCCAAGCAAUAAGAUUUGUGUAUAUUUGUUUCAAAUAUGAAAUGAAAUAUUGUAUUUCCGAAGACUUGCAUUAUUGGGAUAUUUAAAAUUACUUUAGAGAAAAAGAUUUCUCAUUUGAUCCAAUUUUUCUCAGUUUCACUGUGUGAAAAAAUAUAUAUAUUUCCCAUAAAUGGGAACUCUGCCCAGUGUCUCAAAAACUGUUUGAUAACUGUGAUCUUUUAGAAGUAUAGUUCAAAAUUUCUUCUUGGUUUUAGAUAAUGGAACUAAUAAAGAGUACCUUGUUUUAAUUACAAUUUUCUUUUCUACAUGAUGUUACAUGCUACUGUUUGAGGAUGGUUUUUUAAGUCCAUCAUGUUCUUUUGAACCUGUGAGGAUUGAUUGCCUUCAUUGGUUUUGUGUGUGUGUGUGUGAUUUUUCAUGAUUACACUUUUAAAAUUGGGUGAUAUGAAGAAUAUCACUUAUAUUUGUUGUUGGUAAGCAGUUCUUUAAGUUGAAGUCUGUUGAGUGAACCAUCAAGUUGAGCUAUUUACUGAUAUACAAUUUUGGUUCCCCAUUCCAGAUUUUACACAAUCAUUGAGCCUUUUCUUCAUGUUUUCUUAGCUUUUUGUUUAAUGUAAAGAUGUACAUUCCUAAUUUUUUUAUAUGAUGUAGAAAAUCUGUUUCUGGAAGUUGAAAGCUAACUGUGAUAUGAGAUGAAGUUUGUGUUCUGCUCAGGAAACAAGCAUCUGUGUUUUCAGUGUAUCC